CUUUAAAACAAAGGUAGAUAAAUCAUGUAAAAAAUGUAUUGAACACAUGUAUGGUGUUUCUAAAAGGAUGAAAGACAGGACAUGUAGAGUUUGAAUGUUGUUAUAAUACACACAAAUACUAGUCAUGCUGAGACUACAAUGGAGAAGGGUCAGAUCUAGGUAUCCCUGGUUACAGAUUAUGCAGACAUGGAGAUUCUGGCUUCUGGUUGCAUUUACUAUCACCCUUCUUACAUAUGCUAUCAUAUCCUUUAAAAGAAGGCCAUUCACUUAUCUUCAGCAGGAAAUCAAAGAGAUUCAGCUAGGUGAUAUAGAAUUUGAUUUCCAGACUGGGCUGUAUUUUCACAAGGAGGGGAAGACUGUCAACUUACGAGGUUCAAUGCCAGAUUCCCAUGAGUUAGGAGGCCACCCUAGUCACUGUGCUGUUUUUAAUGCUUCAAAGUUUCUUUGUGCAUCAUGGUAUCCAAAAGUGAAGCUUGAAGUGGACAAUGUAGUUGACGAGCAUGCAAGGUGUCAGGUUCUGACAUGGACGCCGUUGUUUGAAAAUUUUAAGCCUUAUACGUGUUUUUCUAUGUCAGAUGUCACAUGGUAUGGUGGAUCGUUACUUUAUCAACAAAUAUGGCCGUUAAAUAAGGCAAAAGUUCCUUUACAACCGUACAUGUUGCAUGAUUUACGUAGUUACGAGGGCACAUCAAAUACAUUCGGAAAUGUUAAAGACUGGUUCUGGUUAAAUUCGGCCGGAAUUGCUGUGAUUGUUGACAGUUCACUUCCGAUUGAUGUGAGCAUGAACCAGUCCGGAGAGAAAUUGAUGUGUUUUUAUUCCAAGUCACAGCACAAGCCUGUUUUAAAAUACACAAUAUGUAAAGCGGCGAAUAUUCGUAAAGUCCACCGCUAUGUGAUUAAGAAAUACAUUCACUUGCCACUAAAACUACCAAAAGAUGACUUUUUCUUGAACCCAUUCUGGUCAACUAAUCCAAUGUUCAGAAACUCCUUUGAUCAAGGAAACUUACUUAACUAUUCACUACAAAUUAGUGAAAAUAGCUUUCAAAAUAGUAUCUUAGAUAUAAAUGAUGAUAGCUUAGUAUUUUCCAAAACUGACGGUGAACCUUUUGAUAGAACAAAAUUUCCUAACUCCCAACAGGCUCUUAUGUAUAUACGGGAAUAUAAGUUAGAAAUAGUAUUACCAGUAUCUCCAUUUGCACGAGUAAAAGAAAACACAGACAAAAAUAAGCUUAUGCACAAUAAAGACGGUGAACUUCUUGUUACCAAAGUUCAAGGAGAAGAUGUGAACAUUAUCAAUCUAUUAGAUGAUCAGGUUAUGGAAUGGUAUAUUGAAAAGUUACAGGAAAGUAAGAAAUACUUCAGCUUCAGUGGAUUGCGUUUGAUAAAUGAAGUUUCAAAUUUCUGUAAUUUCUCAAGUUUAUUAGAUAUGAAAGAUUCAGAAAGAUUUUACAGACGCUAUAUGUUGAUUGGAGAAAAGAUGGAUCUUACAGCGCUAUCGAACUUUGCGUCAAAAAGUCAGCAGAGUGGUUUAUUUAUUCAGUUAACUGGUCAUAAAUCUACAUGGGACCGUACAGGUGGUCUUCAAAGUGUUAUUCCAUCUGUAUUGACAUUAGGUAUUCUGGGAUACCCGUUUGCUAUUCCAAAUUCAAUCGGAGGUGUAGGUACAUUUAAAGCUGUGAAUUCGUCUUAUUCGGAAAGAAUGAAACCUGAGAGAGAGUUGUAUAUUAGGUGGAUGGGUGUAGCGGCAUAUAUGCCAUGUAUGAUGUUCUCUUAUCCUCCAUGGUUAUAUGAUAAGGAAGUGGUUACCAUGGCGAAACAGUUCACAAAACAACAUAAAGAAAUUGUAGCUCCAUUGGUUAUGAAAGCAGCUAGGGAGUUUGAACAUGUUGGAACUCCUAUCAUUCGGCCGCUGUGGUGGAUGGACCCAUUGGAUUCAACAGCUAUGACCAUUGAUGAUGAAUACCUGAUAGGUGACAGCCUGUUAGUUGCUCCAAUAUUACAUAAAGGACAGACACAGAGGGAUAUAUACAUUCCACAUGGUAAAUGGAAAGAUACGAACAACAAUGUUGAAGUUGAAGCAGGGUCUUGGAUUAGAGAGUAUGAAAUUCCAUUAGAUCGAGUGGCAACUUUUGUCAAAUUAAAAUCAUAAAAUAUUUUUUGUUUUUAAAUAAAGCUCCGGAAACAAAUGAUUAUUUAAUUGUCUAUUGCAUGAAAUUUUAAUUUGCUGACAUUUUCGAG